AUUUAUUAAAUUAAUAUGGGAAAUGAUUAACCAAAGCCUUAGGCACCAAAGCCUACAAUAGAUGAUGCACUUUUUGAUAUGAAGUUAGCAUCAAAACGAUUUGCAAAUGAGUCAAAGAAAUGUGAGAAGGAGAAGGAUAAAUUAAUGAAUUAGGCAAAGUAAGCCCUAUAGAAAAACAACGAGGAAGGUAAAAAUAAAAGAAAUGUGGUUUAGGUGCAAAACUAUUUUUAACUUCAGCAAUGAAUAAACAGAAGGAAGCUGAAAAUUUAUAAAAGAUGUCACAUAAGAUGGAUUAUAUGUAAGGUCUAAUUAAAAACAGUACAAAUUCAACAAAAACAGUGGAGGCCUUGGCUAAAAUAAGUCCUAUCUUGCAUUAAUAAGUAUAGAAAGUAGUUUUAAGUAGACUUAAAAUAUGCCUUUAGAGUUGGUUUAUUAGAACAUGAAUUAGUUUGAAAGAGCAAUGGAUGAAAUGUAGGUGUAAGGAAAUAUAAUGACAGGAAUGUUGAACUAAAAUAAUAAUGUUGGAUAGGAUCUUGCUAUUGAACAAAUGAUGGGAUAAUUGAAAUAAGAAUUACACAGUGAAGUAUAUAUACUAAUGUUAAGUUUAGGUGGCUAAUGAUUUAAAUGCAAAUCCUAAUGUUCUUUUCAAAGAUUUAAACUAAUAGAACCAAUAAUAAAAUGCCCAAGCAAUUAGUAAUAACUAAAUUAAAUGAUUUUAUGAAGAUUUGUAUAUU